AUUUGGGACAGUUUAAUGUAAAAAAAAUCGCUGGAGGGGACAAAACACGCGUAUCUGGCAUUUGUUGUAUUUUCCCGGCAAAAUCGGCUCUUUUGCGUAAAUUCCGUGCUGUGCACCUGUUCUGUGGAUCAUGAAGGGUGUGGUGGUGUUCCUCAUUCUGCUGGCGGUGCGCCUCCUUUCUGUGUUUUUCGUGAAAACCUCCUACGUCCCGGACGAGUUCUGGCAGAGCUUGGAGGUUGCCCAUCGGAUUGUUUAUGGAUAUGGCUACUUAACGUGGGAGUGGACUCAAGGAAUCCGCAGCUAUGUACAUCCCAUCAUCUUUGCGGGCAUUUACAAGGUGCUUUCAAUCUUCGGGGUGGACUGUGUAUUUGCACUGACACUCCUGCCGCGGAUUCUGCAGGCAUUCAUCACGGCGUACGCUGACUGGAGAUUCUUCAAGUGGUGCAAUCAAUCCAAGUGGUCCCUCUUUGUUGUCAUCACGUCGUGGUUCCUGUUCUACACUGGCUCUCGUACCAUUGUCAACACCGUAGAAGCUUCCCUGACCACAAUUGCACUGAGCUUCUUCCCCUGGCACGGUGAGAGUGUUCGUUUCCUGUGGUACGUUGCACUGUUGGCCUUUAUCCGUCCAACUUCGGCUGUCCCGUGGAUUCCCCUGUGCCUUCAUCACAUCCGACACUCGCGCAUCCCCUUCCUGCCGCUCAUCUUCAAGCACUACCUCCCAAUUGGAGUUGUUGUGGGUGCUCUUGGUACGGGAAUUGACUACCUCGGGCAUGGAUCACUCAUCUUCACCCCAUUGCGCUUCUUUAAGCUCAAUGUCCUGCAGAAUAUUGGCUCAUUCUACGGAUCUCAGCCGUGGUAUUGGUACUUUGUGACUGGACUACCUCUUGUCCUUGGCAUUGGCACCCUGCCCUUUUUACUAUCCGUUGCGGAUACAUUCAAAAAUCUCUCUACUGCCGGAUCUCGUCGGAAGAUCCUUCUCAUUUCCAUUGCAACCACCUUGGCUGUCUUUAGCGCCAUCCCACACAAGGAGUUCCGUUUCAUCCUUCCCAUCUUGCCAAUGUGCCUCUACCUCAUUGCUGACUCACUAAGUCGAUGGAGUCGUAAAGCCAGUAGUACCCUCAUUUGGACCGUUGUUGUUGCCCUUCUUGUUGGCAACGCCCUUCCUGCUGGCUAUUUAGGUCUCUACCAUCAGAAGGGAACAACCGAAGUUAUGCCUGUUCUUGCUAAAAUUGCCCGGGAGUACAAAACAGCCGAUGGGGAACGUGCAAACAUCCUCUUCCUCAUGCCAUGCCACUCUACACCCCUCUACAGUCACAUUCACGCCAAUGUGACUCUGCGUUUCCUAACGUGCGAACCCAACUUGACAGACGAUCCGAAUUACGAAGAGGAAGCUGAGACUUUCUACCGCAAUCCCAGCUCAUGGCUGGAUUCUCACGUACCCGCUUAUCCUCUAAGUGAAAUGCCAUCACAUGUGGUGCUCUUUGACUCACUAAAACCCCAAAUUGGGACCUUCCUCAGUAACUACCAUGAGGUUCAAUCAAUUCAUCAUGCCCACUACUUACUAACUGAUCGCAUAGGGAAAAAUGUCCUUGUGUACGAGAGAAAUGACCAAAAGACUGGAAGUACCCAACAGACGAGUCAACAGGCUAAGAAGAAGCCCAAAAAGGAAAUUCCCAGCGAGGAGAACAUCGAUGCUCGCGAUGGGGAAUUGUAAAGUAACAAAAGGUACAAAAGAAAUCAGACAAAAAAUCAUUUUAGAUAAAAAAAAUGUUUUCUAAAAAAUUAAGAUAAAAAGUGCAAAUCAGGGACAAUACUUUGGUAAAAAAAAAAACUUUUAGAAGCAAUUUUUAGAGAGAUUAAAUAAACAAAUUAAUUAAGUAAUAAUUAAAAAAAAGGAGAAAAAUUGAAAGAAAAACAAUAAAGUCAUAAUUAUGAUUAUCCUCUGAAGGAAGAAAAAAAAAUGCCUCCGAGCGCAUUUUAAAAGAUUUGUGUGCAUUACUUUGUCCAUUUAUUUCCCAUGUUUUUUUUUUAAUUCAUUUUCUUUUUGCAUUAAAUAGAGAUUAAUUUAUACUUUUGCGUUUAUCCAACAAAUUUUUUUUCACCACAGUUUUUUAAAAUAUUCUUUUUUUGUUUAUUUUUUUUUAGAUUCACAUUGUCUUAAAUAUUAAACGUCAUUUUUUUAAUAAUAUACUUUUUAAGCCAGAGAUGAGCGUGUGUAGAUUUUUUUAUGCAAAAUAAUUAUUUAGAAAAAAAAAUAAACUUAUGACAACAUUUAAGAUGGACAAAUUUUUGAAGUUUUUUUUAUUUCGUAAAUUGAUGAUUUUCAUUUAAAAUUUGUUUUCUCUAAAUUUAUUAACAUAAAUCAUUAAUCUUCUAAAAAGACAUGAUUUAGCGGAAUUCUUUCUUUGAAUUAAUUGUGCAAUUUUUUCUAUUUUAUAAGAGAGUUUAAAACACUAACUUUUUUUUUACUUUCUUAACUUCAAAAUUUGUCUCCUUUUUUUAGCAUUUUGUUAUUAAACUGCUUUUGAGGGGAUUUAAAGCGAUAGAUCUUCAUCUCUGAUCUACUUAAAGGACUUAAAGUGAAAAUAAAAAAAAAUCUUGAAGCGUGUUCAUAAAACAAAUAGAUAGAUUAAGGUUUCUUGACAUUUUUUUUCUUUUGUAAUUUUCAAACAUGAUUUCAUGUCGACAACGAGUUGCAAAAUAUUAUUAAUUUUUGUUAAAAAUCCCUUGAAAAACAAAAACAAAUAAAUUGGACUUUUAAAUAAA